GAGAAGCCUCUGCUCCCAGCAACCCAGAGCGCAAUCACCACCAUGUCGGCAACACGCAAGGGCCGCUCUGGGCGGUUUUCCGAGUUCGAGGAGAAGGUCGCAAAGGAUUUCGAUAUCGAAAACGAGGCGCCCGAUGAUGAUGAGCAGAGCGGGAGCGAAGAGUCGGCCGACGAACACGCCGGAACAGAGCACUAUGUUGCUGUUGGGAAGAGCAAGCUCCGACAAAAAGAUGCAAUUGCACUGGGCCCCGAAUACCGCGGCUCGCGCGUCAGCAGAGAGGCGCUAGAGGAGAGCAGCGAAGAUGACGAAGAGGAAGACGACGAGAGCGGCGACGAAGUAUUCGACGACCCAGAAACAGCAGACCUUGAAGCCGAUCACAUCGAUGACGACGGCGAGAUCAGCAGCGACAAUGCGCUUUGCGAAAGUGACGAACAACACCUCAAGGACUUUGUCUUUCGCGGCAGCUCGAAACCUAAGGUCCCAAAUGGGCGGAUCAAACAGAGACCUACCGCUGCAGACUUCAUGUCUUCAUCAGGGGAGGACCUCGAAGACGAAGAGGACGAGUUAGAGGCGUCUGAAGAAGACUCUGAGCUUGACGGAGACGGCGCACGCCUCUUUGAUCUGGAGGCCGAGCUGUCUGGCGAGGACGAGGAGGAGGACGAUGAAGAGGAAGGGGACGACGAUGAGAGCGAGGGUGAUGAUGAGGAGGAUGAUGAAGAAGGGGACGAAGACGAGGAGGAGGAUGAAGAUGAAGAAGAUGAGGAAGACGCAGCAUCCGACGACGGUGACAACGAACGCGCUCAACUUCGGAAAAUGGCGACCGAGGGGCAGAAGAGCAUCGUGGCCGCCAUGUCGCAAGCUGCCAAAGCGGACGCAGAGAAGGGCAUGGCAGUGCGCGUUCAGCGCCGUGCGUUCGAUUCCAUCUUGAACCUCCGUAUCCGGCUACAGAAGGCACUGGUGGCGGCAAACUCGUUCAGCGUGGUCGACAACAGCCAUGAGAACGGUACGGAAGCGUACCACGCAGCCGAAGAGGCGGCGGUCAAGCUGUGGAACACAAUUGACAGCGUCCGGCACAGUUUUAUGCCCGAGAGCAGCAGGGCCAAGGUCGGGGACAAGAGGAAACGCGGGGUCGACAUGGACACCCCGAGUCAGACCAUCUGGGAGAGCAUGCAAUCAGUGGAAGAGGCCGCCCACUCCCAUAGACGGAAAGUCCUCGACAAGUGGUCGGAGAGAGUGAAGAAGAGCAACGCCGCGCUCUCCACCAGAAAGCUGGUCAAGUCCGAAACCCAGACUCUCGUCUCGGCGUUGGACGAACAGCUCCUAAGCUCGGAGCGGCUUGUCAAGCGCGCGCGGACGCCACGCUCCUGCGCGCCGGCGCAGGCGGCCAAGAAGGUCGAAGAAGACGCGCAGAUUUACGACGACGCCGACUUCUAUCAGGUUCUCCUCAAAGAGCUAGUCGACCAGCGGAGCACGGACACGGGGGCGCCGGGCGAGUCGGUCGCGACGGUCCGGUGGGCGGCGCUCAAGGAGACCAAGACGCGGAAGAACGUCGACAGGCGAGCCAGCAAGGGGCGCAAGCUGCGGUACACGGUGCACGAGAAGCUGCAGAACUUUAUGGCGCCCGAGGACAGGCGGGAGUGGGAGGAGCAUGCGAUCGACAGGUUGUUUGGGACGCUGUUUGGGCAGAAGAUGGAGUUGAGGGAGGAGGAGGAGGCCUCGGACGAGGAAAUGGGCGGUGUCAAUGUCGAAGAGGAGGGGUUGAGGCUGUUCCGAAGCUAGUCGGACUGUACUUUGUUAAGCUAAGGUGUAGGCUAGCCUGUUGGAUACAAUUUAAAGAAUCAGUGUCCGCCUCCGUGGU